CAUCGUCGAGGCAGACCGCGGCGCACGUACUCCUCUUGAAGUCGCUUUUCAGCGUUUAAUUCUUUCACCAAUUACGGCUCGAAGCUCUUAAAAUGAUAGUUUAAAUGGCCAUGUGUUGCACCGCGAGUGUUUAAGGUAUGGAUUUGAGCGCUAGGACGCGUCAAAAAGGGGGUCUGCUGGGCGGCGAGGGAGGAGGGGGUGCGAGUGUUUCUAACACAUCUGUAAGCGGAGCCCACGUUCAUUAAUUAAAUGGCUUUAGUCCGGCUAGGCCUCAAUUUGCGCUGUUGAGCAGCAGGCGGCGGGCAGUGCAACACUAGAUGCCCGACUGGCAGCCCGUAAUCAGAGGGGAGGAGUCUGGAGAGGCGGUGUGCAGUGAAAGGAAUGGGGUGGCAGAGUGGUUGUGCCCCCUGUGCCAAAAAGGGCAAUCAGACAGAUCUUCCUUAUCUCUACAUCUCACCGAACAACACAGCGUGCUUUCAUCGUGUGUCGAAAGGCUGCUGGAUAUUGCUGUUCUAAAACGGGCUGCCCGUGUAGGAGAAGAGGACAAAGGCACUCAGAAGUCCUCAGAUGCUGAAUCUUCACAACUGAAGCCCGCUGACAACGUCACUUCAGACCCCUGCAAAUCUAGCGAGAGUUCAGACGCUACUCAGACGCUUGGAGACAAAGAGAUGGAUGAAGAGAGAAUAAUGGAACAGGAGGGAGGUGAAGCUGAAGCUGAGCCAGAAGAGGAGGGAAAUCCACUCACAGGAGCCAAACAGCAAAAUGCAACUGAAAACACAGAAAUCCCAGACGUUAGUGAAAAGUCAGUUGGUAAAAAUGGUGUGCCAGCUGAAAAUAACACCCGUUCAUUCAAAUGUAAUGCCUGCUUGGAAAGUUUUCCCAGCAGAACUGCCUUGAGUGUUCAUUACAACUCUGCAUCCCACAUUCAGAGAAUGACAACAGGCUCUGGAAAACAAGGUGCAGAAAGUAAUCCUCAAAUUUCUUCAGUUCCAAUUCUGUCUCGGCCAUAUAUAUCAAACAAACCCUACCAGUGUGCUGUGUGUCGAGUUUCCUACAAUCAUGCCAUCACCCUUGAGAGCCAUAUGAAAUCUGUCUUGCACCAGACCCGCAGCAGAAAUGCUGGAAUUGCUGCACAUGCUGCAAACAGUGCAGUGGCUAAUGCUAUUUCAAGAGGUAGUAUCACCAGUGCUCCCAACACUGUAGUUGCCACAUCAGAAAGUGGAAGCAGUCAGUCAGCUACCUCUACCAACUCUGCUGCUCCUGGGACAUUGAUGGUGACUACUGCAAAAGAAGGAGAGCAGAUUACAAGUUCACAAGUGGCUCCCUCCCUCCUUACUUCCCCUGUGGCCUCAGCUCAGGCGGUCUCAGCCUUUCUCACCCUCCUCACUUCCAGUCCCAGCACCCUGUCACACUCCCUCCUCCCCUCCCUGUUUGCAGCUGGUGCUGCUCCUGGUGCCGCUGCACCUCAGCUUGUGCCUCAGCCUCAAAUGGUCAUGCCCUUGAUCUUAAAUGGGCUCCAAGCCCAAACUCAGCAGCACCAAGAGAACCAGCAAGGCCAGCUCCUUACCCAGUGUGUGCCAUUCGUAGGUCUCAGCACAGCCCAGCAAGCCCUUCUAACCCAAAGACUUAACAGCUUACAGAAUCAGUGGCCCUCUGCAGGAGUUCCAACAAACAUACAGCCCUGUGGGGAAGAGCAAAAGCAGACUGUAAAGUGUGAGAGAGAACAAAAAAGUGAGGCUAGCAGUGAGACAGUUGAAGAAAAGGUCUCUAAUCAGAUCAAAGAUGAGCAUAACUGGACUGCACAGAAACUUAAGGACGAGAACAGUAAAGACAUUGCACAGAGUUCUGAUACAGAAAGCAAAGUGAAGGUUCAGAAUAAUGAAAACAAUGGGAAGGCACAUGGCGAUAGCACAACAGAUGGAGACUGCUCAACGAAUCAGUUGGACCUGGAAGGUGAUAAAGCAGCUAGCCUGAAUCUCUCCCCAGCGGGCACAGAGAAGAGCCUCCGCAAUAACAACCUCUCCCCUUGUGCAUCUGUACCCAGCAACUCAAGCCUCAGUCCUGUACAUUUAAACCUUACCCUUAGUCCUGAUUCUACUCCUCAAAAAUCCCAAUCAGGCACAAGCCCUUGUGGCUCUCUUGGCACCCCAAAAUCCAGCUCAAGUACCAAUGCCUUAACUAACAGCCAAAAUCGUCUUCAUUGUAAUACAGUUGAUUCCAUUUAUCCAGACCUUCCAGUGCUUUCGGAGUUCCAGUCAGAGGUUAUGUGGGCCUUCUUUGAGUCACGUAGUGAGGCUGAUGCUGCAAGUCCUCCCCAUGAGGACUGUGAAGCUCUGGGCAGAGAGGUGGGACUUUCUGAAGAAGAGGUACGAAGGUGGCUGACCCAAGCCCGACAUGCAAAACAAAGACAGAGGGCAACCGAGUUGGAACACCUGGCCGGUGUUACAAGGCAUAGUCAGAGUUCUGAUAAUGACUAUGAUGAUGAGGAAAGCUCACUGAUAAUAGCAGAAGGUGAGGAUGAUGGUGAAGCAUUUAGUAAUCAGGCAAUAGAUUUGUCUAGUACGAGAGGGAAACGCAAACAUAGAGAGCUGGGAAGGGAGGGUCAGGGAGAUUCCUGUCUCACAUCUGACUCAGAAAACGAAGUCUACACCUCUGUCAUUGUUUCAGACGAGGAAAGUCAGAAUGGGUCUUUAAGAGAUGAUCCUGAAAGCCCUGCUAAAGAUGAAGCACAGCGGGAGGUCCACAGCGAUAAGGGUUCAGUUGGAGGAAAGGUAUUGCGUUCCACGACUGUAUUUCUGUCCGAUGCGGAGGAUGAAUAUGAAGAUGAGGAUGGUGGAGGUGGUCAGGGGGCCAAGAGGAAAAAACAAAAGGGAGAGUUUGAGCAUGAUGAGGUGGAGGUGAAAAAGGAAAGACAAGACCCAGAUGUGGAUCUAGAGUUGGAGGCCCAAGGAGAUCCUCCAAGCUCACAGUCCAACGCAGUGGACCCCUCUGAAAUCCCAGCUGGUGCUCUCCACCCGCUUCCCUUAUCAUUUACUCCCUUUUCUACUCAGUUUCUUAGCCCAUAUGUUCUCUCCCUUACUCCUUCAUUGGUUGGGGAUGGGAACAAAGCCCCCUUUUUUCCCAACCCACCAACCAUCACACGCUUCUCCAGCUCUCUUCUUUCACAGUCUCUCUUCUCACAAAACCAAACUUCUCGCUACCUGUCCAAUGGUGAUGACUGUGAGUCAGCUCUUGAUCUCAGCAUGGGCAAAAACAGCUCAAAAUCUGCUUUGUCCUCAUCAUCUCUAGCUGAUAAAAUUGCAGCACAGAAGGGACAGUUGCUGGACGGACUUGGCCUGAGGCCCACAUCCAAAGGUCUGGUAGUCGUCCAGGUUAAGCCGGAAUCUGUUACUGUGCCCUCUUCUAACAAUAUUACGAACAUGGUCAACUGCAGCAGUCUGACAAAGUCGAGCAUUUACAUGAGGCCAGGAGAAAAAAUGAGUGCCACUCUAUUGGAAAGGGAGCAAGAGAAGGAGCGGGAAAAAGAGAGGGAGCAGGAGCAGAGGAAGUCCAAAGGAAAAAGGUACCGUGAUAUGCGACGUUCAAGGACCAUCAUUCAAGCAGAACAACUUGAUAUUCUGUAUGGCUGCUAUUUCAAAGACCCAAAUCCUGGGAAACAUGAAUUUGAACAGAUUUCAGAGUGGGUCCACCUUCCAAAGAAGGUUGUUCAGAUUUGGUUUCAGAACAUGAGGGCGAGGGAAAGAAAAGGUGAGGUCCGAUUCAUUGGUGACGGGACCUUGGCAGCAGUUGGUAAACCUCUCAUCAAAUUUACUUGGCCUCUUUCCAAACCCAUAUUCUCUAACAAGCCUGCUACAAACAAUACUGGGGGAAUUACAACUACUCCAAUUGUUCGCACCCUCAUCAAGACGGAGAGGGAGCCUGUAAAUGAGCUGGUCAAACCAGCCCCAGUUGUGAUGAAAAAAAUAUCCCCUGUUCCUAUAAAGCCCAAGGAGAUAGUUUCUUCCACCGCAGUAUCUCCUGUGAGCAGCAGUGCUUCUGCAGUGCCAAAGACCACGCUCGAAACCACCAGCAACAUCACUAUGGUUAAAGUUGCACCCAAAGGAAAUACCCCUGCCCUCUUGGCACCACCCAAGGAUUUAAUUCCAAUUGCUCCACGACCAGCCCAGAAACGAAAGCUACAAGAUGAGAGCGAGGAAGAAAAGACUGAUGAAGAGCGAGACAAUGAAAGCGAAAUUGGUCCUGGACCAGGAACCACUAACCGCAUGGUGCCGAAGCUGCCCACAACUCCCAUCAACAACAGGCCUUCAUCCACAACAGUGGUGCCACAAAAACAGAAUGGGUUGAACUAUUGGACCCCCAAAGUCCCCAUUAAGAUCAACACUCUAUCCAGAGAACAACUGGCUCUUCCUACACACACAGCUCCUCGUACCAUCCCACCUCCUCCCACCCCCAGCAUUGCACCAGUCAGCCCUAACACCCCUAGUUCUGCCAAAGUGGCCAGCCCCUCCACCCCAUGUGUAGCUAAAUCAAGCCCAACAGAAAGCAGUUUUCCGCCCCACUCAUCCAGCCGUAGGCCACGCACUCACUUGUCGUGCCUACAAUUGUCCAUUCUACAGUCGUGUUAUGAGACCUGUGCCCACCCCAAUGCCAUGGAGUGCGAGGCAAUUGGCACUGAGCUCAACCUACCACUCAAGGUAGUACAGAUUUGGUUCCAAAACACAAGAGCCAAGGAGAAGCGCUGGAGGCUGCAGCAGGAGAAAAUGUCUCCUCUGUCAGGCGGGAAGGUGGACAUGAGCUCAGGAAGCUACCUGCAGUACAGCGCUCUCAAGGCCAAUCGUCCCAUCCUACCCAAGCCUGUUCAGCUAACAGUUACCGAACCUCCAGCUUCCCCAGUGCCCGGCCAGCCGGUGCCGAAGGAGACCCUGACAGGGCGCUGCGAUGCUUGCAACGUCUCCUUUGAAUCCCGGGCUGCAGCAAGGGCCCACGUCUUCUCCCCACGUCACCUGGCAACCCUGAGAACCACUAACUUUGGCCAGCCAACAGCUCUCGUCAACAAGAGCGGAGCCGGCAACAGCGGACCCGGAAGUGCUGCUCUUUCCACUACUGUAACCAGCUCUGGCGGUGGUUCUGAAGGGGAGAUAGUUAUCGAGUUGCCUCUAGCGAUGGCCACCAGCAACAGUUAAAGACUCAGAUCGGGAUUGGUCUGCACACUGACUAUUGUUGGACCCAUUUGGGCUCCUCAGAUUUUAAUAAACAAAUUUGAGCACUAAUCCUCAAAAGCUAAUAAUCUUUAGUUUUUGAUGUCGGCUCCUCCUGCACCCGCUAUCCUUUGCUCAUCCUUCACUGACUUGAUAUCCGUUAUCUAUAGAGCUCACCUGGUAUCAAAUACAACAGCAGACUCUUUCCAUGCUGCUUGUCACUUAAACAGUUGCUGUCUGAUAAGUGAUAAAACCCCUCUCAAGUUUCCCUUAAUCAUGAUUUUAUCCAUACAUUUUUGGUCCUAACCCUGUGGUUAUGUAUUACCUUACUUCUAUGACCUUCCUAUAAUUUGUAAAGGCACUCAGCUUGCCAUGCUUGAGCUGUUCUACCCUAAAAACUGAUGCAAGUGUUUCCUUUUUUUGGCAGUGGCCAUGGUGGGAUUUUUGGGAAACACUUUUUGGGAUAACAUGAAAAUGUUCACAUGUAUAAUUCCCACUUUGCUCCUGUGGAAUUGUUUUUCUCACGCCUACUUUCACCUUUAGGGCAAAGAUUGCUUGGAUAUAAUACGACUGGACUAAACCGUUGGGAGAGGAAGAACUGGUCUUAACUGUCACCUUUUUGUUGCUACAGGAGGGUGAUUUUCAGAGCGUUGGCUACUCACUACUUUGGGAUAUAAAAGGAGGUACUUUGGAGAGAAUAGGGCUGUUGAAUUGUCCCCAUGUUCACAUUCAUAGUUUCACGACAAUCCAAAUAGGCAGCGCAAAUAGAGGCUGAGGGAAGUAGAAUCUUUGGCAUACCGCACUUUGACACAUUUUACAUUGUUUGAAAUGUUUUUAAGCAUUCGAAUGCAGGUGUCUUUUAUGGAAGGAUACGCUGAUGCAUGUUGGAUGCCUUAAUAUAAAUCAAAUGAAAUAAAUGUUUUUCUUUUCUUUUCUUUUUUUCCCCCUUAAUCAAAUAUAACAUGCUUUAGAUUUGAGCAUAAUUGUGCAAAAACUGGGUAUAUGGAAGAAGAGCUUUAUUCCAAAAUGCUUUUACAUAACCUUUUUUUUUUUUGUUUUGUGGUUUGGGGGUUUUAUGUUUUAUCUUUUUGUCUUUGGGAGAAUAUUUGUGAAUGUCACAUGUUUAUAAAACUUUCAGCAUUCUCUUGGCCAAGGAGUAGAAUUACCAACUAUUUUACUUUCACAUGUUUGCUGUAAAUUUCACUUCCUACCCAAAUGUGUGUCUCAUUUUGGAAUUUAGCUCUUCAGACCUGUUGUUGAGGUUCACCUUUUUUUAAAGCUGUGGUAUUCAAGCCCGGGAGAUCUUCGUAUAAAGUUGGUAAAUUUAGUCACCACCAUCUGACAAAGAGGUUCAGACUGAUUUCCAACCCUUUCUUUUUGUUUGUUUUUUGUUAAUACUGUGUAUAAAGCCCUUUUCAGAUUUAAUUCCUGGCUUCACUAGUCUCUUAAAAUGAUGGCUUUUUUUUUUUCCAUGUGUAGGACACUUUUGUGUGCUGCAUGGCUCAGAAACAUAUCUUGCUUCUGAUUUGGGAUUAGUCAAAACGCAUCAUAGAAGUAUAUUUUCAUUAUAUGGCAAAUUACAAACUGAGUUUGUGAGAAAGCGUGCUUUUUAGCACGUUCUUCAGUGAGCCAAGCAACUUGCAAAGCUGCACAAAUGAUGUGCACGAGCCAAUCAAUGCGUCCGCAUGCGGUUCACAUUUGUGUUGAAAGUGAUACCUGAAUGUUACCCAGUCUGGUGUAGUACCUUUUACAGAAAAGUGAUUUGGAUGCCGAUCCAAAUAAGAAGCCAACAGAUGCCGUCAUCACUGAAAGGGGCUUUAGACAGAAGUUUAGUAUAUGUGUAAUCAUUUCAUUUACUUCAAUAUUUAUACAGAUGAUAAAGGAAGCAAUUAAAAUCUGGCGUAACAGAUUUUUAUUUAGGUCAAAAGCCAAACCUCUAGAAUGAUACAGCAGGGUUUGAAAUGGGUUGUUUCCCCAUACUUGUUUUUCUCUGAAUUUCUGUUCAGUUUUGAAGCAGAGUUAGUGAUUCUGAUAACGUACGUGCUGUGAAAUGAGAGCUAAUAUCUGGAAACCACAACAAGGGAGACAGCUGGGUAUUACAAGUAUCCUUAAGGGACAAAUGGAUACUCAAAUCUAGGAAGCAAAUUAGGAAACAUAAAAUGUGUUGACUGAGAGCUAAUAAGAUGGUGCUGUGUUGAAGGACACUUAACAUACUAAAGAUGUUUUCCUUCAAUUUAAGUUGUAUAUUAAUGUUACUAUUGAUAGUUUUAACAAAAUGCAAAACUAAACAUGAACUUUUUUUGUAAAGAAAUAUAUUAAAAAUAACUGAUAUUCCAAAGUAAUCCUCCCUUUGCUUUCUGUCAUUCAAAAACCAAAAAGCAAUCUUUAGGUUGACAGAGAGCAGGAGAGGUGUUCGUAAAUGCAAACUGUAAAGGACGUCCCACGGCUUGACACUUGCACUAGUCCACAAUUUUUGCACAAGCUACAGACAUUUCAAACGAACACAGCCAUCACCACAACAUUAAGAGUCACUCUGUGUGGUUUUGAAACGAGGAGGGUAACGCUGUCCUUCGACGACUAAUAAUUUCUUACUCCUGUUGGAAGCUGUACCUUGUGUGUAAAGGAGGGACUGGAGUGCUUGAACCUCAAGACUGGGAUUACACACGCACACACAUAGACACGGUGUUGCACUGUCCAAACUAGAUAUGUUUUUAUGGAGAUCUGCUUUUUAUUCUCUUAUGUUUCAUUGUCACUUUGAUUAUCACUAUUGUUAUAACUGUACUACUACUUAUACGAUUUAUUAUUACUACUCAUCACUGUUUUUGAUUGAUUCAUAAUGGUUUUAAAUGCCACCGCUCUGCUCAGAUAGAGUAUGGUAUUCCUAUGAAUAUUGAACAAUAAUAGUGGCAGUGUUGUUAUGACUUGUUAGACUUUUGAUUAAGCUGAUUUUUCCUCCUCACUUGUACUUGCCUUUUUUGUGUUUGGUCUCCAUUAUGCUUUCUUUGAUAUACAGA